AUGAGUCGAGGAACAUUUCCUUCGCUAGUCCCCUCGACUCUCCUCAAAUAUGAGUACCGCCCGGAGUGGUCAGAUUUGGCUGAUCCUUGGGCGCUUCCCCCCGGUCACUCUCUCGAUGCAUUAUGGGAUGACUUGCUAUAUGCGCAAAACAUCCACAUUCCGGAGCAUGAGUUUGAAGCACUUGAAGAGAACGUGACAUAUCCAGUCCAAACUCUUAAUGGCGAUUAUGUGGGAGUGAUUGGAAUUUACCACCAUUUACAUUGCCUCGAUGCCCUACGACGAGUUGUGCAUUGGGACUAUUACGGACCCAGGGCAUCAGAAAAGGCUCUCGAAGAGGGGAUAUAUUCCAAAGCUCACUCCGGCAACGAAAGUGGCCCCAAAGUGGACUUGGGUCCGACUACCGGCAUAAUGCACAAAUGUGUUGAUUGGAAGAGUUUAGAUGGAUGGGCAAGGGGGAGGGCUGUGAGGAGAGGCCAGGCGAGAUACCGUCUUACCACUUUGCAUGAGUCGUAG